AGGAGGUGGCCAAGUUAGAGAAGCACUUAAUGCUUCUCCGCCAGGAGUAUGUAAAGCUGCAGAAGAAGCUAGCUGAUACAGAGAGGAGAUGUACUCUGUUGGCUGCCCAGUCUAACAAAGAGAAUGCCAGUGACUCUUUCAUCAGUCGACUUCUCACCAUUGUAGCUGAGCUUUAUGAGCAGGAGCAGUAUAGUGAUCUGAAGAUAAAGGUUGGGGACAAGCACAUCAGAGCUCACAAAUUUGUGUUGGCAGCCCGCAGUGAGACUUGGAGUCUAGCCAACCUAGUGUCAACUGAGGAACUGGAUCUGUCAG